AUGGGGUCGUUGACGCGCUCCGAGGAGAUGCGAUUCUGCCAGCUCAUCGUGGAGAAAGAUGCUGCAUUCAAUAUUGUCGCUGAAAUUGGAAAACAGCCAUACGUUCAAUUCAAGGAUCUGAAUCCAAAUGUGAACAACUUCCAAAGAACGUUCGUCAAAGACAUCCGUCGUUACGAUGAAAUGGAGAGAAAAUUGAGAUUCUUGGAGAACCAGAUUGUGAGGGAUGAGAUCAUUGUUCCAGGAAAAGUUGAUAACGGAGACUAUGCUAUUCUUCCAACUUCUGAACUCAAUACUUUGGAAGGAACUCUUGCUGAAUUGGAGAAAGAUGUGAAGAGUAUGAAUGAUUCUGAUGCUCAACUCAAGGCCAACUUCAUGGAUUUGAAGGAAUGGGAUGCUGUUCUUGAUAAGACUGACGAGUUCUUCCAAGGAGGAGUCGAUGAUCAAGCACAAGAGGAACUUGAGAAUCUUGAUGAAGAAGGAGCUAUUCGCGUUGACAAACUACCAGUCAACUACUUGGUUGGAAUCGUUCGUCGUGAGAGGCUCAACGGAUUCGAACGUGUUCUCUGGCGUGCUUGCCAUCACACUGCCUAUAUUCGCUCAAGUGAUAUCGCUGAAGAAUUGGAGGAACCAUCUGGAGAGAAAGUUCACAAGUCAGUGUUCAUUAUCUUCUUGAAGGGAGAUCGCAUGCGUUCGAUCGUCGAGAAAGUCUGUGAUGGAUUCAAGGCUAAACUCUUCAAGAACUGCCCAAAGACCUUCAAGGAACGUCAAUCCGCUAGAAAUGACGUGCGUGCUCGUAUUCAAGAUCUUCAAACUGUCCUCGGACAGACCCGUGAACAUCGGUUCCGAGUUCUCCAGGCAGCUGCCAACAAUCAUCAUCAAUGGUUGAAACAAGUCCGUAUGAUCAAGACUGUUUUCCAUAUGCUCAAUCUGUUUACUUUCGACGGAAUCGGUCGUUUCUUCGUCGGAGAAUGUUGGAUUCCAUUGAAACAUGUUGAAGAUGUUCGCAGAGCAAUUGAAACUGGAGCAGAGAGAAGUGGAUCUUCAGUCAAACCAGUUCUCAAUAUCCUCGAGACAUCCGUCACUCCACCAACCUACAAUGAGACCAACAAGUUCACAGCUGUCUUCCAAGGAAUCGUUGAUUCUUACGGUAUUGCCACAUACCGAGAGUUGAAUCCUGCUCCAUACACCAUUAUCACUUUCCCAUUCUUGUUCUCCUGUAUGUUCGGAGAUCUCGGUCACGGAGUUAUCAUGCUUAUGGCAGGACUUUGGUUCGUGUUGAGAGAGAAGAACCUUCAAUCCAGAAACAUUAAAGACGAGAUCUUCAAUAUGUUCUUCGGAGGUCGUUACAUCAUUCUUCUGAUGGGUAUUUUCUCGAUCCAUGCUGGAAUUGUUUACAAUGAUAUGUUCGCAAAGUCAUUCAACAUUUUCGGAAGUGGGUGGAAGAAUCCGUACCCUAUGGAAAAUAUCACAAACUGGAUUAGCCAUACUGAGCAUGGAAAGGAGAUGCUCAUCGAGUUUGCUCCAGAAGAUGCAUAUGAUCAUGCAGGCGGUCCAUACUCAUUCGGAGUUGAUCCAAUCUGGAACAUCGCUGAAAACAAGUUGAAUUUCUUGAACUCUAUGAAAAUGAAGUUGUCCGUUAUUCUCGGAAUCACUCAAAUGACAUUUGGAGUCAUUCUUUCAUUCUUCAACCACACUUUCAACAAAUCCAAAAUCGACAUCUUCACAGUAUUCAUCCCUCAAAUGCUUUUCAUGGGAUGCAUCUUCAUGUAUCUCUGCCUGCAAAUCAUUCUUAAAUGGCUCUUCUUCUGGACCAAAGAGGCGACAGUCUUCGGUCAAAUCUAUCCAGGAUCCCACUGUGCUCCAUCUCUUCUCAUCGGUCUUAUCAACAUGUUCAUGAUGAAAGAUCGUGAAGCUGGAUUCGUUCAAGAAGGAGGAAAAGUUAAUGGAGAAUACAAAGAGGUCGAGGCUUGUUAUCUUUCUCAAUGGUAUCCAGGACAAUCAAUUAUCGAAAUGAUUCUUGUAAUUAUUGCCGUCAUUUGCAUUCCAAUCAUGCUCUUCGGAAAGCCAAUUCAUCAUGUGAUGCAACAAAAGAAAAAGCAGAAAGAACUCCAUGGAAACGUGACUGUUCGUGCCAAUGUUGUUUCUGAUAGUAGUGAAAUUGUGAUCAACGGAGGAUCGAAGAAAGAGGAAGCUGCUCAUGGAGGAGAUCACGGAGGUCAUGAAGAUGAAUCAUUCGGAGAUGUUAUGGUUCAUCAAGCAAUUCACACUAUCGAAUAUGUCCUUGGAUGCGUUUCUCACACUGCUUCCUACCUACGUCUUUGGGCUCUUUCGCUUGCUCACGCUCAACUCUCCGAAGUGUUAUGGCACAUGGUGUUCGUCACUGGAGGACUCGGAAUCGAAGGAACAAAAGGAUUCAUCGCUGUCUACGUUGUCUUUUUCAUCUUCUUCGUUUUGACUAUUUCGAUUCUUGUAUUGAUGGAAGGAUUGUCCGCUUUCCUCCACACUCUCCGUCUUCACUGGGUCGAAUUUCAAUCCAAAUUCUACCUGGGUCUUGGGUAUCCAUUUGUUCCAUAUUCCUUCAGAACAGCCCUUCAAGAAGCGGAACUUGCUGCUCAAUAA